AUGGAGUUGCUAGUGGAAUGCAGUGUCAACCUCGGAUCUUAUUCGGGUGAUGCUUCUUCUAGGGAAGAGAAAUUUUUUGAGUCCGUCGGGCACGUUGAAGUCUUGCCAGCAUCACCGUUAUUAAGAGUCUUCACAAAGAAAUUCUGCGAAGAUAUAUCUUUCACGAAGCCGCUUUGUUUUAUGGUAAUUUCUUCGGUUAGUGGACAAGAUGUGGCUGGACAAAACACGAGUAUUUUGGCUGGGUUGUUACCUUAUUUUCCUGCUGGAUGCUCUACGAAGCAGUUGCUUCACUUUGGAUUUGGAUUUGAAAAUCCCAAUACUUUUCGCCAAUACGACUAUGGAGUAGCCAAAAAUUUAUUAAAAUAUAAAUCAGUAACUCCUCCAGAAUAUCCCCUGGAAAAGGUUACAGUGCCUGUAUCCAUUUACCAUGGAACUAACGACUUCUUAGUUGACCCAAAGGACAUCGCCUUGCUUGAAAACAAACUGAAAAAUAUUGUACGAGUUUCAAUCUGCAACGCAAGUUUAAAUCAUUUUGAUUUCAAUUAUGGUAGCAACAUACGUAUGGAAGCAUACAAUGAUGCUCUAAAAUUGAUGGAAGGGUACUAAACUUAUAAAUAAAAAAAACGAGAAUUAUUUGUUGGACAAAACAAAUGAUCGGGCGUCAAGAUAAAGUGCUGAGAAUUUUAAAAAAGGAAACAAAUCGUUGCAACCCUAUUUUGUAAGAACUGUAAUCGGAUU